CACGUGGUUCAGUCAGCUGAUGCUAACGUUAGCCAACAUCCGGACGGACGGUUCUUCAGCUGCAGGGACGGAUCUGACGGUCAGACAGGAUGCCUUUCUCCGAGCUGUACUUUAACGUGGAUAAUGGCUACCUGGAGGGGCUGGUGAGGGGAUUCAAAGCCGGAAUCCUGUCCCAGGCGGAUUAUCUGAACCUCGUCCAGUGUGAAACCCUGGAAGAUCUGAAGCUCCACCUGCAGAGCACAGACUACGGCAGCUUCCUGGCCAAUGAAGCGUCUCCUCUCACUGUGUCCGUCAUCGAUGACAAGCUGAAGGAGAAGAUGGUGGUGGAGUUUCGCCACAUGAGGAACCAGUCAUAUGAGCCGCUGGCCAGCUUCAUGGAUUUCAUCACGUACAGCUAUAUGAUCGAUAACGUCAUCCUGCUGAUCACCGGGACUCUGCACCAGCGGGCCAUCUCUGAGCUGGUGCCCAAGUGUCACCCGCUGGGCAGCUUCGAGCAGAUGGAGGCCGUCAACAUCGCUCAGACACCCGCCGAGCUCUACAACGCCAUCCUGGUGGACACUCCUCUCGCUGCUUUCUUCCAGGACUGCAUAUCUGAGCAGGACUUGGACGAGAUGAACAUAGAAAUCAUUCGUAACACACUUUACAAGGCUUAUCUGGAAGCUUUCUAUAAAUUCUGUUCCAACUUGGGGGGAACGACGGCCGACACCAUGUGUCCCAUUCUGGAGUUCGAAGCCGACAGACGAGCCUUCAUCAUCACCAUCAACUCGUUUGGCACCGAGCUGUCCAAAGAGGACAGAGCCAAGCUCUUCCCCCACUGCGGCAAGCUUUACCCAGAAGGCCUUGCACAGCUGGCUCGCGCGGACGACUACGAGCAAGUCAAAGCUGUGGCCGAUUUCUAUCCCGAGUACAAGCUGCUGUUUGAGGGCGCUGGGAGCAACCCAGGGGAUAAAACACUGGAGGACCGUUUCUUCGAACACGAGGUGAAGCUGAACAAACUGGCCUUCCUAAAUCAGUUCCACUUCAGUGUCUUCUACGCUUACGUCAAGCUGAAGGAGCAAGAGUGCAGGAACAUCGUGUGGAUUGCAGAGUGCAUCGCCCAGCGACAUCGCGCCAAGAUCGACAACUACAUUCCCAUCUUUUGAGCCUUCUUUUCCUCUCUUCCCCCUUCUUCCUCCUGCCAUCAUUUCUCUGUCUUUAAUUUGUUUCCAGUCAUGGAUCUGUUAAACAUUCUGAUGGUCUGAUGCAAAAUCUCCCCCAUUCCUCACUCCUAAGUGUAAAUCAGACGUAGUCAAAAGGCUUCAUGCUGUAAACAAAGUCCAAACACUCAAUCAACUCCAGUUCAGAGUUUUUAACUGGACAGAAAUGACAGGAGUCUGGUGCUCGAGAGCAGCUCAUUUGACUUUCAAACAUGUCUGGGGUUGAAUUUAAAAAAAAAUAUAUAUAUAUAUAUUAAUAUCUAUUGAACUAAUCUGUCCCUCUGGUUUGUCCGUCUCAGAGUGGACAAACACGCAAACAUUCCUCAGCAUCGGUCAUCAGGAGACUCCAUAAGCCCAUAUUUAUUUCUGUUGUUGUGCUCGGUUUUGUCAGCAUGUCUGGUAAUUACUGUGGUCGGUCGUCCCCCCCCCCCCCCACCCUCAAACAAAGAAAAUGUAACGAGUGAAAUGUGUGAGCUCCUUCUGAAAUGUUGUUCUACUAGAUUGUUGUUAAAUAUUGAAAAUCCAGCGGCUGAACAGGAGUUUCCAGUCAGUGAUCUCUUCUGUAAAUGGCCGUGGAGCAAAACUUUAUGGGUGUCUGAUGAACGUAACAUUUAAACUAUACAAAGGAUAUAUAGAUAUUUAAAAAUGAUUAUGACUUUGUUUUCUUCUGUAAAAAAAAAUGAUUUAUUACUGUUUUGAUCUGUUAUUUGUGACAUGUGUAUAGUAAAUGUGAUGAAAGUGAACAAGG